GGAUGUAGGAAAAAAAUUAGAAAUUAAAAAUUACAUCGAGGAAGCAGCGCGAGUGGUGGCGGAGCAGCGUCUCUUCAGUGAGCGCUUUACAACUUUUCGUUCUGUUGAUGUUUGAGACAUUUUCUUCGCCCAUUGGAAGCGCUUAAAUAGCUUAAAGCAAUUCCGGCUAUUUAUAACUCCGGAGGCUUUUGUCCUUUUUCUUUCGGCUGACUUUGAAGCUGACAAGAAGUAACACCAAAGAUGCGUUUUCUUGCCGUUCUUGCGCUAUUGUGGUCCCAUUUUUCAAGGGGUUUUCCUGCUCCAGUAGACACUGUCAUCGUUCAGAUCCAGCAGAGGGGAGUGAUGGGAGCUCAGCGCUUCACAGAGCGGGUUCUCGUCAAUGGAGUCUCUGUCUCUGACUUAAGUCAGAGUGUCAGCAGUGUGAUCCAAACCAUGUCGUCUGAUGCGCUCCUUCCAGCUCUUCUUAGCAGCAACAACACCUCAGCACUGAGCAGCCACACCAUCCUUCAUUCUCGAGAAUGCAUACUGGAGGGGUCUCAGCUGCACUGGGCGGACCGUGUGUUUUAUGAUGGCAAGGUCUAUCUGACUCUGGACCACAAUGAUAUAUGGACAGUCCACGAGCCCCAAGCACUGACCCUCAAAAUGCUGUGGGACCAGGAAGUGCAGCGCACAAAGCCAGAGAGGAUAAACCUACAGGAGAGCUGCGUUAGGCUGAUGAGGGAAUUGAGGCUCUCUGAGGAACAGUCAGCUCCAGGGGUUCCCUUGCCUCAGUUUCUGAUCCCAAUCCUGGCAGCUCUGGCACUUACUGGACUAACUGUCAUCAGCCUCUGUAUCUCCAAAAAGAAGGGUUUGAGGCCCCCUGCAGGUGUUGUUGGCUCCAUUAUACAUUACCCCAAGGAUAUGACUGCAGUGGCUCCAGAGAGAAAAGAUGGUUACUAUACCUUAGUUCCAGCUGAAUAAUGGGUUCAUGUUUAAGCCUUCUACCGUGUUUCUGCUGUUAAAUGUCCACCCACUGUUGUAACCCCUCAUUACUCUGUAUUGGCAGUGUUGUUCCAUGAAUGUAACCCCGUCUUUGCUGCCUUACCAAAUGCCUACUGUAAUGCACCAGUGAAAAUACUUGUGAUCUGAAUUAUUUUAUGCACUUUAACAUGCAUGUAUUACACCUCACACUGGUGCUUUUAUUGCAUAUAUUUUAAAUAUUUAUGCAUAUACACAUGCACACACAAACACAGAAAUGUUAAUAUAUUCACUGCCUGCUGUAAUGUACAAAAUUCUUUUUACACAAGUUAUUUUUAUUACUUUUUAGGGCAGAUGUGUUCGCCAGUCAUAGUUUGUGAUCUAAGCUAUUCAAGUAAACAGUUUAAAUAUAAAUGAACAAUGAAAAUGAUCUUGUUCAAUCACAUAGAGUAUCUUAUGCAAGUUAUGGCAAUGUGAGAAAUUAUGUUACGGUUUGUAUAUAAAUCUGUGCUGAAAUUCAGUAUUUGUUUUGAUCAACCAAUCACAGUAAAACUCUGCCAAACACACAGAAUCUUUCUUUUAGUGAAAUAUGUUUUUUGCUGUACAUUCUUGUAAUUGUCUAUAUGUAGUUUUUGCUCUGAUUGCUGCUCAUGAAAUAUUUGCAGAUAAUAAAGAAAUAUUUAUGACAACAUAG